GGACCUUUUGUCAGGGGACCAUUGCAGCGCCAAGUCGUUCUCGUCCCCGGUAUAAAGACGAGCCACCCUCCCUCGGUUGCCGGGAAGGAAGAUCGCUCGACCCAGGCAUCGCAUCGCGAACAGCAGCUGUCGUGAAAGGUGAUCUUUGCCCAAUAUGAAGAUUUCGCAGUCCACUGCACUGGCGGCGUUUGCCGCCGCGGCCAUGGCCGCACCCUCGUCCACGACUCCCCAGAAGCCACGGCAAGCGUCGUCGGGCUGCUCGUCUGCCGUCAAGCUCGAUGCCAGCACCAACGUUUUCAAGAAGUACACGCUGCACCCCAACAGCUUCUACCGCGCCGAGGUCGAGGCCGCCGUGCAGCAGCUCUCGGACCCGAGCCUCGCCGCGGCCGCCGCCAAGGUUGCCGACGUCGGUAGCUUCCUGUGGCUCGACACGAUCGAGAACAUCGGCAAGCUGGAGCCCGCCCUCGAGAACGUGCCCUGCGACCACAUCCUGGGUCUCGUCAUCUACGACCUUCCCGGCCGUGACUGCGCCGCCAAGGCUUCCAACGGCGAGCUCAAGGUCGGCGAGCUCAACCGGUACAAGACCGAGUACAUUGACAAGAUCGUCUCGAUCCUCAAGGCGCACCCCAACACCGCCUUCGCGCUGAUUAUCGAGCCCGACUCGCUGCCCAACCUGGUCACCAACUCCGACCUGAGCACCUGCCAGCAGAGCGCCUCCGGCUACCGCGAGGGCGUGGCCUACGCGCUCAAGAACCUCAACCUUCCCAACGUGGUCAUGUACAUCGACGCCGGCCACGGCGGGUGGCUCGGGUGGGAUGCCAACCUCAAGCCCGGCGCCGAGGAGCUCGCCAAGGCGUACAAGGCGGCCGGCUCGCCCAAGCAGUUCCGCGGCUUCUCGACCAACGUGGCCGGGUGGAACGCGUGGGACCUCUCGCCCGGCGAGUUCUCCAAGGCGUCCGACGCCAAGUACAACUCGUGCCAGAACGAGAAGACGUACGUCAGCACCUUCGGCCGCUACCUCAAGGACGCCGGCAUGCCGAACCACGCCAUCGUCGACACGGGCCGCAACGCCGUGCAGGGCCUGCGCAAGGAGUGGGGCAACUGGUGCAACGUCAACGGCGCCGGCUUCGGCGUCCGCCCCACCGCCGACACGGGGCUCGAGCUCGCCGACGCCUUCGUGUGGGUCAAGCCCGGCGGCGAGAGCGACGGCACCAGCGACAGCUCGGCCACCCGCUACGACAGCUUCUGCGGCAAGGAGGACGCCUUCAAGCCGAGCCCCGAGGCCGGCCAGUGGAACCAGGCCUACUUUGAGAUGCUGCUCAAGAACGCCAAGCCGCAGUUCUAAGUCGGGGUCUAGGGCGGGAAAACAGGUUAGCUCUUCGGCUGCUGCGCUGGAAGGGGGGAUGGAAGAGAUUGAACAUAGCGAGGGCGGGCGGGUGCUGUGCAAUGGUCACGCUCGCG